AUGGGUCUUAUGCCAUAUGAGGCCAAGGUUGCUCCAGACCAACCUGUACAGUCACCCAGUCCAGUGCCAUAUGAGGCCAGGGUUGCUCCAGACCAGCCUGUACAGUCACCCAGUCCAGUGCCAUAUGAGGCCAGGGUUGCUCCAGACCAACCUGUACAGUCACCCAGUCCAGUGCCAUAUGAGGCCAGGGUUGCUCCAGACCAACCUGUACAGUCACCCAGUCCAGUGCCAUAUGAGGCCAGGGUUGCUCCAGACCAACCUGUACAGUCACCCAGUCCAGUGCCAUAUGAGGCCAGGGUUGCUCCAGACCAACCUGUACAGUCACCCAGUCCAGUGCCAUAUGGGGCCAGGGUUGCUCCAGACCAACCUGUACAGUUACCCAGUCCAGUGCCAUAUGAGGCCAGGGUUGCCCCAGACCAACCUGUACAGUCACCCAGUCCAGUGCCAUAUGAGGCCAGGGUUGCUCCAGACCAACCUGUACAGUCACCCAGUCCAGUGCCAUAUGGGGCCAGGGUUGCUCCAGACCAACCUGUACAGUCACCCAGUCCAGUGCCAUAUGAGGCCAGGGUUGCUCCAGACCAACCUGUACAGUCACCCAGUCCAGUGCCAUAUGAGGCCAGGGUUGCUCCAGACCAACCUGUACAGUCACCCAGUCCAGUGCCAUAUGAGGCCAGGGUUGCUCCAGACCAACCUGUACAGUCACCCAGUCCAGUGCCAUAUGAGGCCAGGGUUGCUCCAGACCAACCUGUACAGUCACCCAGUCCAGUGCCAUAUGAGGCCAGGGUUGCUCCAGACCAACCUGUACAGUCACCCAGUCCAGUGCCAUAUGAGGCCAGGGUUGCUCCAGACCAACCUGUACAGUCACCCAGUCCAGUGCCAUAUGAGGCCAGGGUUGCUCCAGACCAACCUGUACAGUCACCCAGUCCAGUGCCAUAUGGGGACAGGGUUGCUCCAGACCAACCUGUACAGUCACCCAGUCCAGUGCCAUAUGAGGCCAGGGUUGCUCCAGACCAACCUGUACAGUCACCCAGUCCAGUGCCAUAUGAGGCCAGGGUUGCUCCAGACCAACCUGUACAGUCACCCAGUCCAGUGCCAUAUGAGGCCAGGGUUGCUCCAGACCAACCUGUACAGUCACCCAGUCCAGUGCCAUAUGAGGCCAGGGUUGCUCCAGACCAACCUGUACAGUCACCCAGUCCAGUGCCAUAUGAGGCCAGGGUUGCUCCAGACCAACCUGUACAGUCACCCAGUCCAGUGCCAUAUGAGGCCAGGGUUGCUCCAGACCAACCUGUACAGUCACCCAGUCCAGUGCCAUAUGGGGCCAGGGUUGCUCCAGACCAACCUGUACAGUCACCCAGUCCAGUGCCAUAUGAGGCCAGAGUUGCUCCAGACCAACCUGUACAGUCACCCAGUCCAGUCAGGAGCUACUUUGUCAUCAUUAACUCUUUGCAUGCAGGGUACUUUGUCAUCUGCUAA